CACAGAGUGAAAGUGUCCUGAGCACCCCUGAGCGUCUUUGCCUUUGCUCCAGGAGUGACACUGGUGGUGAGAUCAUGUGAAGGAUGGGCUGAUCAUCUUGACCAUGUUUUUGACUCCUUCACUGAUGCAGGGAGGCUCUGACACCUUUUCUUGGCUCAUAACAAUGUGUGUGUUUGGCAUCAAAUGUGGCGGGGUGCUCUCAGCACCCUCUGGCAACUUCUCCAGCCCCAAUUUCCCGGGGCCAUACCCCUACGAGACGGAGUGCACCUGGCUGAUCGUGGUGGCUGAGGGCUCCUCUGUCCUGCUCUCCUUCAGCCACUUUGAGCUGGAGUACCACGCCGCCUGCGCUUACGAUUAUCUCCAAGUCUACAAUGGGGCAUCCCGGGACCAGGGCAACCUUCUGGGCACCUUCUGUGGCUGCAGUGCCCCACCACCUUUUGCUUCUGCCUGGCACAUCAUGGCUGUGGUCUUCCGCUCUGACCGGCAUGUGGCCAAGCGUGGCUUUGCUGCCAACUACCACAAAGAUGCAUGUGGUGGGCAACUGACGGGGCUGUCUGGGGAGAUCGCCAGCCCGCAGUACCCCGAGAGCUACCCCAAUGAUGCAGAGUGCCGCUGGAGCAUCAGGGCAACUGAUGGCCCCCUCACUCUGAUCUUUGCUGACUUCCAAGUAGAGGGUGGCCAAGGCUGUGGCUUUGACUACGUGGCUCUUUUUGAUGGUCCCACUGCUGCUGCUCCCCACCUGGGUCGCUACUGCGGUAGCACCCGCCCGCCCCGCAUCAUCUCCUCUACCCAACAUCUCUUCAUCCUCUUCAAAUCGGACUUCAACAUCGUGGGCAGGGGCUUCAAGGCCCGUUUCUACUCAGGUGAAUGCCAGGAAGUCUACACCACCAUCAAGGGAAAUUUCUCCAGCCCUCAGUACCCCAACUUCUACCCCAACAACCUCCAGUGUCAGUGGAGCAUCCAGCUACCCCCAGGCUACCGGAUCAAAGUCUUCUUCUUGGACCUGGAGCUGGAGGCUCGGAGCAGCCUGACCAGUGGCUGUGACUAUGACCGCCUGGAUGCCUUUGAUGGUGGAGCUGAGAACGCUUCCCUGCUGGGGACAUGGUGUGGGAGGGAGAGCCCAGCGCCUCUCACCUCCCGCAGCCAUCAGCUGCUGCUGGUGCUCCACACAGACCGCAGCACGGCCAAGCGGGGCUUCUCCCUUGCCUACGUUGGAGUCGUACCCAUGAACAUCAGCUGCACACGGACAGACUUCCACAUCCAGAUCCCCGUGCAGGCCCUGGCCCAGCUGCAGAGGAACAAGGUGUACUUGGGGAUGCCCUCCUGCGUGGCUCAAGUGGUCGGUUCACACUUCAGGAUACACACCAGGUUUGACACAUGCGGCGCUGAGUCUCAGGUAAGGAUUUGGCAAACCUUCCUGCAAAGCAAGCUGGGCAGUGGGCUGACAUCUCUUCCUACAGCUCUCUGAAAGGUGGUUACAGUGAGCUGGGGUCAGUCUCUUCUCCCAGCUAAUUGCUAGUAGGAUGAGAGCUGAUGGCCUCGAAUUGUGCUGGGGGUGGGGUUCAGGUUGGAUACAGGGAGAAAAUUCUCAGCAAGAGCAGUGAUGCCCUGGCCCUGGCUGCCCAGGGAGUGGUUGAGUCAGCAUCCCUCCAGGUGUUGCAGAACUGAUGUGGCACUGAGGGACGUGG